AUUGUGGAGCAGGAACCCAAUGCAAGAUGGUUGAAGGGUCACCCAAGUGUGUCCCAUUACCUUCAUGCCUCAACUUCCAGUGUGGAGCAGGAACCCAAUGCAAGAUGGUCAAUGGGUGGCCCAAGUGUGUCCCAUUGCCCUCAUGCAAGGACAUCCAAUGUGGAGCAGGAACCCAGUGCAAGAUGGUUGAUGGGUCUCCAAAGUGUGUCCCGUUGCCUUCAUGCCUCAACUUCCAUUGUGGAGAAGGAACCCAAUGCAAGAUGGUCAAUGGGUGGCCCAAGUGUGUCCCAGUCCCAUCAUGCCAGAACACCCAUUGUGGAGCAGGAACCCAAUGCAAGAUGGUCAAUGGGUGGCCCAAGUGUGUCCCAUUGCCCUCAUGCAAGGACAUUCGUUGUGGAGCAGCAACCCAGUGCAAGAUGGUUGAUGGGUCUCCAAAAUGUGUCCCAUUGCCUUCAUGCCUCAACUUCCAUUGCAAGACAGGAACCCAAUGCAAGAUGGUCAAUGGGUGGCCCAAAUGUCUUCCAGUCCCAUCAUGCCAGAACACCCAUUGUGGAGCAGGAACCCAAUGCAAGAUGGUUGAUGGGUCUCCAAAGUGUGUCCCAUUGCCCUCAUGCCUCAACUUCCAUUGUGAAGAAGGAACCCAAUGCAAGAUGGUCAAUGGGUGGCCCAAGUGUGUCCCAUUGCCCUCAUGCAAGGACAUCCAAUGUGGAGCAGGAACCCAGUGCAAGAUGGUUGAUGGGUCUCCAAAAUGUGUCCCAUUGCCCUCAUGCAACAACUUCCAUUGUGAAGAAGGAACCCAAUGCAAGAUGGUCAAUGGGUGGCCCAAGUGUGUCCCAUUGCCCUCAUGCAAGGACAUCCGCUGUGGAGCAGGAACCCGGUGCAAGAUGGUUGAUGGGUCUCCAAAGUGUGUCCCGUUGCCUUCAUGCCUCAACUUCCAUUGUGAAGAAGGAACCGAGUGCAAGAUGGUCAAUGGGUGGCCCAAGAACCCAGUGCAAGAUGAUGGAUGGGUGGCCCAAGUGUGUCCCCAAGCCCUCGUGUCAGAACUUCCCAUGCAAGGGAAGGACCCGUUGCCACAUGGUGGCCGGGAGACCCAAGUGUCUCCCCACCCCUUCGUGUCGCCUCUUCCGCUGUGA